AUGGAGGAAAAAGAGACUGGAAUUACCAAGAUGGCAAUCGAUUACUACUUCCUUCAAGAUGAUGGCUCCACCUUCAAAGUGACAGUGCCGCACAGCCCCUACUUCUACCUCGACGUCAAGGAAAAGUUCAUUCCGGAGGUGGAGGCCUACCUCAAGCGCAAGUAUGAGGGUGUGCAGAACAUACAGUCAGUUGACAAAGAGGACUUGGAAAUGUCCAAUCACUUGAACGGACUCCGUAAGCGGUAUCUCAAGAUCAGCUUCCACACCAUCAAGGAUCUCCUAGGCAUGAGGAAGGAUCUCGUGAAAAUCAUCGACGCCAACAGAAAGAAGAAAGGACUCGGCUCGGCCUACGACGGGGAUCUCGGAAUGCGCAGCGUCUACGGAGAAGCCAAGACUAGCAAGCAUGGCUCGUUGAAAGAUCACAUCAUCGACAUCAGGGAAUCUGAUGUGCCCUAUUACAUUCGUUGUGCCAUUGAUCACGGCAUUCGUGUGGGUCUGUGGUAUGAUAUCAUCCCCGUGGAAGGAGGGUUCGAGCUUCGUAAAAAAGACGACGAGCACCGACCUGAACCAAGAGUCUGUGCCUUCGAUAUCGAGACUACCAAGCUGCCUCUCAAGUUCCCCGACCCGGAGUUCGAUCGAGUGAUGAUGAUUUCGUACAUGCUCGACGGACAGGGCUACCUUAUCGUCAACCGGGAGAUCAUCACUGAGGAUAUUGACGACUUUGAAUAUACGCCCAAGCCAGAGUACCCCGGGCCUUUCAUUGUCUGGAACGAAGCCGAUGAGGUUGGUCUCCUCAGGCGCUUCUUUGAUCACAUGAAAGAGGUCAAGCCCAACAUCUACGUCACGUUCAACGGCGACUAUUUCGAUUGGCCGUUCGUCGAGCGCCGAGCCGAGGUGCAUGGUAUAUCCAUGUUCAAUGAGAUUGGCAUGUGUGACCGAGCUAAGGAGGGAACGGCUGCGGAGUACCGAUCUCGCUUUGCCUCGCACAUGGACGCCUUCAAAUGGGUGAAACGAGAUUCGUACCUGCCGCAGGGCAGCCAAGGCCUGAAGGCCGUCACAAAAGCCAAGCUCGGCUACGACCCGUUGGAGUUGGAUCCUGAAGACAUGGGACCCGAGGAAACUGUAUCAGACGCCGUCUGUACCUACUACCUCUACAUGCAAUACGUGAACCCUUUCAUCUUCUCGCUCUGCAACAUCCUGCCCAUGAACCCCGACGACGUGUUGAGGAAGGGCUCGGGCACCCUUUGCGAGACGCUGUUGAUGGUGGAGGCCUUCGUCAAGAACAUCAUCUAUCCCAACAAGCAGGAAUCCGAUCCUUCAAAGACGUACAAGGGCCACCUGCUGGAGUCAGAGACCUACAUCGGAGGCCAUGUCGAGUGUCUCGAAAGCGGCGUGUUCAGAAGGGACCUGCCCGUCAAGAUGCGCAUCCACAAGCCGCACGUGCGCCAGCUCAUCGAAGACCUGGACGCUGCAUUGGAGAUGGAACUCGAAGUCAACGGCCUGAAGAAGGAGGACGUAAGCAACUUCGAUGCAGUGCGAGACGACAUCACUGCGCAGUUGUCCUCUCUCCUCAGCCUAGAGGAGGACAGCGAGCGGACUAAGGAAAAGGAAGAUCUCAUGAAGAAGAAGGACACCAUUGUUGACGACGCCGACGACGAAUGGCUCUACGUCAAGACUCUGCCCGUCAUCAUGCAUCUCGACGUUGCCGCCAUGUACCCCAACAUCAUCUUGACGAACCGUCUCCAGCCGUCAGCCAUCCUGAGCCCCUCCUUCUGCAGCCAGAGGAAGAUGAAUUGGACGUGGAAGGGCGAGUACAUCCCUGCCACCCGCACCGAGUAUGAGCUCGUCAAGUCGAAGCUGGAGACCGAGUGGAUCCAGAAGGGCAUCCGCUUGCCCGAGGCCAAGCAGAGAAAGGAGAUCCAGAAGCGGCUUAAGCAGUACUCGCAGACCGUCUACAAGAAGCAGAAGGUCAAGGAGGAAGAGGAGCGGGAGGCCAUCGUUUGCAUGCGGGAGAAUCCCUUCUACGUCGACACAGUGAGGGCGUUCCGUGACAGGCGAUACACCUACAAGAAUGCCCUCAAGGUGUGGCAGGGCAAGCUCAAGUCGGCUGAGAAUGCCCGGUCCGAAGGAGAUGUCUACAACGCCAAGGGAAGGGUCAUCCUCUACGACUCUCUGCAGUUGGCGCACAAGUGUAUCCUCAACUCCUUCUACGGCUACGUGAUGAGGCGCGGCGCCAGAUGGUACUCAAUGGAAAUGGCCGGCGUAGUAACCCACACCGGAGCGCAGAUCAUCAGGCAAGCGCGCCAGUCCGUCGAAAAGCUCGGCCGUCCGCUUGAGCUGGACACGGACGGUAUCUGGUGUGCUCUGCCGGAUCAGUUCCCCAUGACCUUCGACUUCAAGAUCAAGGCGUCGGGCAAGAGCCACAUCUUCAUGUACCCGUGCACGAUGCUCAACAAGCUAGUGGCGGACCACUUCACCAACGACCAGUACCACACCACCGAUCCUGACAACCCCGAACACAUCGAAAUCAAGAAAGAGUGCUCUGUUCUCUUCGAGGGCGACGGUCCCUACAAGGCCAUGAUCCUGCCCGCCUCCAAGGAAGAGGGCAAGCUGAUCAAGAAGAGGUAUGCCGUGUUCGACAAACAUGACAGACUCGUAGAACUCAAAGGUUUUGAGGUGAAGCGCCGAGGUGAGCUCAGGAUGAUCAAGGUAUUCCAGGCCGAGGUAUUCGAGAAGUUCCUCGAGGGCAAGACGCUGGAGGAGUGCUACGCAGCUGUGGGCAAGGUCGCAAACGACUACAUGGACCUACUCUACAACAAAGGCUCCAAGCUGCCCGACGAAGAGCUGCUCGAUCUCAUCUCCGAAAGCCGCAACAUGUCGAAGACACUGGCGGAGUACGGAACUCAGAAGUCCACCUCUAUCACUACCGCUAAGCGUCUGGGCGAGUUCCUGGGUCUCGAGAUGGUCCAGGAGAAGGGUAUCACGUGCAAAUACAUCGUUGCUAAGAAACCCGCUGGCGCGCAAGUGACUGACCGCGCCGUGCCGGUCAAAAUCUUCUCAAGCGAAGUGGCGCCGGAGAGGCGUCAGUACUUCCUCAAGAAGUGGUGUCAGGACGAGCGCAUGACCAACUUCGCCAUCCGCGACAUCAUCGAUUGGGACUACUACAUUGAGCGUCUCGGAGGUACGGUCCAGAAGAUCAUCACCAUUCCGGCAGCCCUGCAGAACGUGGAGAAUCCGGUCCCUCGCGUGGUUCACCCGCCGUGGCUCCUCCAGCGACUCAAGGAGCACAAGCAAACGAGGAUCAACAGCCACUUCUUCUUCGUCAAGAAGAUCGGAGGUGACAAGGGGAAAGACAAGGUGGUUGGCGACAUCGAGGAUGGGCUGAUGCAUCUGGACAAAGGAGCUGCGGACGGAGACAUGGUCAAGUUCCCUCCAAAGGCCAUCGUGCGGCUUCACAAGAGGGGAAGGAAUGACGAUGUAGAGCAGGACGAUGGCACCGCGGGUAUGAUGGACAGUCCGCAGAGGCAACCGGAGCGAAAGAAGACCAAGGGGAAAUCCAAGGCUGACGAAGAGGAGGAACUGCUGGCGGAGGAGACCACACCCGAACCCGAUCAGGAGGAAGACUACGUCGAGUGGCUGCGGUGGAAGAAGCGGCAGUGGAAGCGCAUGCGCGCAUUGAGGAAGCUGAGGCGGAAGGAGGGCGCUCAGCCGGGCGUUGGUGUCAACUCAGUGGUCUCCUACGCGAGACGUCAGCGCGCUGCGCUAUUGGAGGGUGUCUGGGAGAUCAUCGAGAUCCGACCCCUCGCCCACUCUGUGAACCAUUUCCGUACUUGGGUCCUUGUCGGUGAUGCGCUGCAUUCGCUCACACUCGAGGUCCCUCGGGUGUACUACAUCAACUACCGCAAAGCGCCGAGCCCGCACGAGCUGCCACCCAACGCAACGAAGGUAGACAAAGUUGUUCUUCCCAGGAACACGGAAGUGCAGCACCUGUACCAGGUUCAGGCAACCGAGCUGGAGUAUCAGGGCAUGCUACUUGAUCUAGAGACCAGGCAAAACGUCGAGGGCAUAUACGAGACACAAACUCCACUACUCUUCCGGGCGCUGGUGCAUGCCGGAGCUGUUUGUCGACUCACGCCCGCGGCGAAGAAGGAGCGACGCAGACAGGACAGCGACAUCUUCUCGCUGCUCGAGGCACCGGAGGGCGGCUUCAAGGUUGCGCCGGCGCCGGCGAGCACGCAAGCCGCGCAGCCGUAUCUGAACAACCAGGCCGACCGCUACCAUAACAUCUACCUCUACUGCAGCUUUUCGACCGACGGCAAGCGCGGCAUGAUCGGCAUCUUCCCGUCCUGGGCACCUCCCGGCUCGGAGGACGCGCGCAAGCAGGCUCACGUCCUCGUGAUUCACCCCUACAGCCGCAACCUGACUGCCACGAAGGGGGUGGAAAAGCGCUUCUCCGACAAACUGCCCGAGAGGGAGCACGACGUACAGCGCUUUACGAGCGUUACGGAGGCCCUCCGGUCCGUCAACAAGCGAUUGAAGGAAUACAAGGACCAAUCCCACAAGCCCACCGUGCUGAUCACGCAAACGGCUGUGGAGGAGGACCGUCUGGAAUCGUACUUCCCGGCCAUGCGCGAGUUCCCUCGCACGGCCAUCCCCGGCAACGAGCGGGACAACAACUACCCUCCUCUGGCCUGGGAAGACUACGCCGCUGACGUCCUCACCUCUCGAUUCGGUGACUCGGCUCAGUGGUGGGAGUCGCAGGUUGGAAUGUGCAACUAUGCUAACGUACCCAUCGGCAACAUGACCUCGGACUGCAUGGUCCUCAUCUCCGAUAUCCUGUUCGCACGCAUGCUCAAGAGAGACAACCAAGUGUUGUGGGCGGCGGAGCGAGAGCGGCCUGACUUUGCCGGCAAGGAGGGCGAUGACAACUUCUUCGACUCCAUGGCCACCACAGACGAAAUGCUCUAUCCUGAGGUGGUGACGCCCGACUGCUACAGCUGCAUCUGCGCCGAAUUGAACAUCCAUUUGCUGGCGAUGAACACUGUGCUGGAAUCCAACCGUAUCCACGAGAUUGAGGGCACCGCCGCCGACAACGUCGUCACAUUCAGCUUCACGGGGAGCGACCCUUCUCUCGGCUUGUGCUGCAUCUAUUCGGAUUGGCUGGGAUUCCAACUCUUGGCCCUACAUCAGGUGCUGCGGGUGGACGAAGCGUCGGGCUGUGGCAAGGCCUUCAGCAUGCUCAAGGCAAUGCUCGGCCGAUGGGAUAGCGACUGCAACCAGGGCAACAAUUACGCCGACGUGUUGGUCACGCACUUCUACCGCUGGCUUUCGAACACGCGCUCGCUGCUCUACGAUCCUGCGAUCCACCGAUACGUGCAGUUGCUGAUGCGCAAGGUCUUCCUCCACCUCAUCGCCCAGUUUAAGCACCUGGGCGGUAAGAUCGUCUAUGCCACCUUCAACAAGCUCAUCAUCAGCACGAACAAGCCUGAACUCGAAAGCGCCGAGCAGUACAUGAACUACAUCCUCGGCGAAACACGUAAAAACCCGAUGUUCAAGUCGCUGGUGCUGGAGCCACGUCAAUACUGGGCCACGCUGCUGUUCAAGGACAGAGCCAACCACGGAGGAAUUCCCGCCAUCGACAAGGAGAAUGUGGCGGUGGUGAUGGGCGAGGAGAACGGCCCCCAGUCACAGAGCGAACCCCAGUCCCAGUCCCAGAGCAAGGGGGAUGGAGAGUCGAUCAUCUCGCACUGGAACAUGGCCGAAUUCCUGCCGACGAAGCUGCAAGACCACUUCAUCAUCGCCAUUUCUUCGUUCAUCCUGAGCGUGCACAAGAACAGGCUGCUGCACUACAAGUUGCAAAAGGACAGAAAGACUCUGGGCGAUGCGUCCGAGACGAGCACGGGGAAGCGAGCGAACGUUCUCGAUCAGCGCGUGUACUCGGAAGAGGAUGAAGAGGCCUCCGAGGUGAAGGAGCUCAAGGAGAUCAUUCCCCUUCGAUUCAUGCAGAAGCUGUUCACCCUCGUGCAGGACAUCCAGAAGAUCACCAUCGAGAUUUCCGAGGACCAGAAGAGGCGACGAGGAAGGUAUCAAUCGUUUGCUAUUUCCAAGGCCAUCGACAAGAACCCGACGCUGGAGUUCGUCAAGUUCGUCUCGCACGCCAUGUCCAUCGACAAGACCCUGCGACCACAGACCGACAAGCUGCGCAAGAGCUUGUUGAAGCUCAUCAACGUGAUGCCGUUCUCGCAAGAGGCGCAGUACCAGGAGCCGUGCCAAUCGUUCCGCCUGCCCGUGAUCUGCACCUUCUGUUCGGCCACGCGCGAUGUCGACCUGCUGCGCGAUGUCGACCUGCUGCAAGGCGAUGAAGGCUGGAGGUGCAUGUACUGCAAACACGGCAUCGACAAGCAGGAGGUGGAGAUGCGGCUGGUUUCGAUCUUCCAGAAGCACUGCUUGGCGUACCAGUUCCAGGACGUGACGUGCAAGAAGUGCUCCACCGUGAAAGCCGACUUCAUGGGCGUGCGAUGCAAGAAGUGCUCCACGUCCGAGUUCGUGCCGCGGAUCCCGCCGGCUCAGUUCAGGAAGAGGAUGCGAGAGUUCCUUGACGUGGCCGAGGUGCACCAGUUUGAUUACCUGCGAAGCGCUGCAGAGGACGUCCUCUACGAAUGA